GCGUUAUUUAGGAAGAGGUGUCUGGGUGCAUUCGCAAGCUCUUGUAAAAUCGAUUUGAAAGACACUUAAAGCAGUUGUAAAUAUAUUAUGCGAAGUUAGUUAUUACAAGACAUUCAAGGCGUCAACAUUUCAAAGUGCCAUAGUGCUUAGAUCAUAUUCGAGUUCGAAAUGGCGACAAAAUUGGAUGCAAUAAUUUUCGGUGCAACCGGCUUCACUGGGAAAAUUGUCGUUGAGAAUGCGCCGGAGGUGUUGCAAGGACUGACGUGGGGUAUUGCCGGAAGGAAUUUGGCUAAAUUGGAAAAUGUCUUGAAAGUAGCCGGUAAAAAAGUAGGCAAGGACCUUAGUAAGAUACCCAUUAUUUUGGCAGACGUUGAAGAUGAAAACUCCAUAAAGGAAAUGGCGAACAAGAGCAAGGUGAGUGUUAGUGAAAGUGAAAGUGAAAUCGUUGAGAAUACAUUCAAAGCAACUGAGCGCAUAUACACUUUAUGA